AUGGACAUACCCGCCAUUGUUGUACCUGAUAGGUGGGUUUAGAAUCAUUGCAAAUUGAAUUUUUUCGAUUUUCUAGGGGUUAAACUUGUCUUGAUGUACUGAUUAGUACAUAAAUGGCAUAUUUUUUGAAUUUUGAAUUUUUCAAUCCUUUUUCUGUUCAAUGGGAAUUUUUUAGUGUUUAAAAAUCAGAAAAAAAACUACGUCAAGUUCAAGUUUUAGUACAGAAUCUUGAUUCAUUUAACUUAAGAAAAUGAAAAAUUUUUUUGAAGUUUUUUUAUUAUUUUUUUAUUUCGAAUAUCUUGAAAAAAAGCGACGGAAAAAAAUCAAAUUUCAACACGGAAAAUUUUUUUAAAUUACCUUCAAAAAAAUGUCUUUUUUCAUUUUAUAACUGAUGAAUUCAUGAGGGAUUUUUUUAAAAUCAAAAAUUACCAAUAUUUUUCCAGUCGUUUUUUCACGCGUUUUUUUCACGCGAUCCUCACUCUUAAUACCGGGUACAAACAAAACUCUUGAAUUCAGUGUGGAAAAUGAGAAAUUAAAUAAAUAUUGAUAUAAUUGAAGGAAUCGAAAAAAAGAAAAAAAGAUUUUUUUCCUCUCAUUUCAGGCUGGAAGACGAUAAAUUGUACAUGGAUGCGCCUGGUAACGAUUCGACUACGUUUCGAAAUGUUCGCGAUUUUUUUCAAUUUUUUUCUGUAUUUUUUUAGAAACAAGAAAAACAUGCUCUAAAACUUCUAGAAGUCGAUUUUUUAUUAUUUUUUGAAAGAAAUAGGUUGAAUAGGCCUCUUGGAUAUUAUUUAAAUCUUUUAAUAUAGAGCAAAAAUAGUUUGAACCUGAUGAGGAUCCGAACCUGUGACCCCUGGUAUGUUACCUAAAAUUUAACCCAUUGCACUAGAGUUCCCUAAAAAGUCUCUCCAGGCUUUAAGAAAAAAUAGUCUGACUCUUCUAUAUCCCAAAAAAGAAGUAAAAUAAGAAAAAAAAGCAGGAUAUAUUUUUAGAGAUUACGGUAUUCAAAAGUCCGCAUUCUCUGUGCUUGCACUUUUUGCGCGUGAAAAAUUUUUUUAAAUUCAAUUUUUUUCAAGCUGAUCAAAAUUUUUGAUUUUUAAAGCUGUUUAGGUGAAAAUUUAGCCAUUGAAAGUUUUCUUCAGUUAAACUAUCAAUUUUUUGAAAAAAGAAAUGAAAUAAAAGUCAACAAGAAACAGGGAACCUUUUUUCAAUAUAUUAAUAACUUUUACCUAUACAGGUAUAUUUUUCAACUGGGAAUGACUAUCAUGACGAUACUUGCUCCUCGGAUUCGGACCAAAAUCAGUUAAAGUAAAUCAUAUCAUUGAUUAUCAUUGACAAGGAAAAUAAUUCAGGGCAUCGCCAUCAAAAUCGUCAUUCCUGUCGGAUUUGAAGCUGAAAAGGGCCUCUCAACUGAUUGUCGACCUUCCGGUUUAUCACCUGAACAAAAUCAAAAAUACUGAAGGCGUCGGAUCGAUCGAUCGGGAAACUAUGCAUUUCAGUAGUGGGUUCUCAUUUAUUCAGUGGGCGCCAGAGGGGUCACUAAAGGGGAGGGAACCCUUAGGGCUCUUGUAGGUACUCCUCAAGGGACUUUCGCUUAUAGGGGUCACUUAAGCUUGCAAGAGUGGUCACUAAAGGGGAGGGGAACCUUAGGGGCUCUUGUAGGUUCCCCUCAAGGGAGCUCCUCUUAUAGGGGUCACUAGAGCUUUCAAAAAUGGCCACUCUAGGGCUUUUAGUUGAGAGUCAUUCUAGGGGAGCAGGUUAGUGACCCCUGUACGUCUUUUAAUAAGACUUUUCAGCUUUGAAGGCAGAAAAAAAAAAUGUUAAAAGAUCACUAGAGGGACCACUUGAGCUGUAGGAAGUUAGAUGUCUAAGGAUCACCUAGAUUUUACCCCUCUAGGGACCACUAUUUUGUUCACCAUUUGGACUUUUUUGACCUAACCCCUCUAGUGACCACUUUGACCUAAGUUAUCCCACUUUUGAUUUAAAAAAAAAUGAAGCGCAAACUGAAAAAAAUGCGAAAAAUAAUGGAAAAAUGCGCUUAAGGAUAGUGUAGAGACGAUUUUUCUGGUCGAAAAAUGAUAAGAAAAAUCAGAAAAUUCAGUUUUAAUCUAGAAAAAAAUGUGAGAAAAUAAGCAGAGCUCAACGUAGGAAAAUCAAAUGAGACACAUUUGAAUAGACCAGGGGAAGUUUGAUAAACGAUUUUAUUAGGUUCAUCCAAAAAUAGGGACGAGAAAUCGUAAAAAAUUUUGAGUAUUCCCGUUGAUAAAAUCUGAUAGAUCAAGGUUUUCUUAAUUUUUUUCAGAAUUUUUAGGCGUUUUUGAAAGUGAUUUUGUGCAGAAAAACUGAAAUUUUUGAGCUUAUUCAAUACAUUUUUUUAAAGCUUCCUUGGAAGAUUUUUUUGUUUCUUGUAUGGAAUUUGCUGAUUCCGAAGCUUGACAGUAGGAUUUUAAACUAUCUUUUGGAAUGAAAUUAGAAAUUACUGAAUAAAUAAUUUAAUUUCUAUACGAAGUGGGGCUUUUUCUAUAACCUGGGAUAAAAAAGAGUGUCGCGGCCAAGCUCCUCUCACCGCCUGCACCUCUCAUCUCUCACCUUAGCCACCAAGUCGGUUAGGGUCGGGACGCGCUGCCCCAUGUCUACUGCCCCAAAUAAUUGCUCCUCAUCGCUUCUCGGCCUUUUGGCUAAGAUCAGUUUGUAGUUACCGUUCUUAUCGUAUUAACCUACGAUAUGAGCUCAUCGAGCUCUGCAUAGGUUAUUCCAUUUUUGGAGCCAAGGAAGGAUUCUGGAGCUUGCUCCGGCCUUCCGAGGGUCGUUCCGGCGUUGCACCGCUGUCGGACUCGGCCCAGACCUCGGGAGGGGUCAAAAAGAGAUCAGUAAUAAAUAAAUCAGUAGGUAUGACAUUUGAGCUUCUGUAAGACGAAGCUUCACCUAUUCUUUGAGGUUUUUCGGGUACUUUUAGGUCUUAGAACAGUUUUCUGCUUCCAAAAGGACUCUAGAUGGUUGUUAUCCGCACAAAAGUCAAACUCGCAUAUUUGUAACGCGAAUCGGACGUGUCGGAGCAUUUCUAGUGACCACUUUAGUAGCUUCAGCCCUCUUAAGGGAUCCCUAUAACUAGCCAGAAACGUCCGUUCUGUGUUACGAAUGCCCGAGAAUUUAUCUUUUAAAGAAAUUGUUUCCGAAGAGUACAAAGGCAUCAACUAUCAUGUUAACAAUGGAAAAAAGAUGUUAAAAGUCCAUUAAAAGCCCAAAAACUGAGGAGAAUAUAAGGAUAUUUUGAACUUCAUCAUUUUUUGAGAGUCAUCUUUGCAAAAAAAAAUUUUUUUAUCGAUUAGAAACCUCAAAGUUAGUAACAGCCAUAAGACUAUUGGGAAGAAUGGUAUCCGAAAAAAAAAUUAAUAAACAAGACCAAUGUAAGAGACUCCAGAAUUUAGAAUUAUGCUUUUCCUAAUCUUACAUUAUUUUCACGGUUUUUCAAAAGUCAUUUUUUAAAUUUCCACUGAACAUCUUGAGCGUCAUAAAAAACACUAAACGAUCCUCAAAAACCUCAUUUUUCAGACACCACAACGAUGCAUGGCCCGAAGCGAAUUUACAAUGGUAAACGGUGAGAAAUUAAUCGGAAUUAAUAGAAAAAUUUGGAAUUUUAGAUUGGCGACAAUUUUCUGGGCGAUUAUCGUCACCGCCUCAUUUUCCAUGCUGAUUUGGCAAAUCGUCAACUUGAUACUGAUAUUUUUCUCAAGGCCCACAGUUUCCGAGGUUUUUCCUGACUGAAAAGUGCGCUCCAACGAAUUCGGCUUUGAUCUUUUUCCCAAGGUAACAGACACCGAAAAGGUCCGAGUCCCAAAGAAGCUCUAGGGAUCACUUAAGAGUGCUAACGCUACUCAAGGGGUCACUAGAACUGCUAAAUCCGGGACGUGUCCAGUUUGAGCAUUUUUCGAUUGAGUUCAGUGGAGCGCACUUUCUUCGAACUAUUUUAAUUAAUUAAGUUUAUUUGAGGUUUCUUUCGUGAUGAGCGACAAUGGAAUGCCGUUCCCCAGAGUCACAGUCUGUAGUUUCAAUCCGAUCGCCAAGACUUAUGUCGAAAGUGCGUACGGUUUGAAAGUUCGGAUGUUUUGAAAAUUGAGACUCUAGGGUUAUGCCGUGUUCAAUUUGAUUCCGCGAAAUGCAAAAUACCCGUCAGAGAAAAGAAAAUAUCACUAAAUUUUGGAGAGUCAGAGAUCAUUUUGCAUUUCGCGGAAUCAAAUUGAACACGGCAUUAAUUUUUUCGAGAAUAUUCGCUUACUUAGGAACUCCAGAGUGGCCCCUAUAGGGACGACCUUUGUGGCCCUUGGAGGCACCACUUUACUAACUCCUACAGGGGCCACUGAAGCUUGCAAAAAGUGGUCCCUAAAGGGGAGAUGCUAGUCGAUGGUUUUUAUGAUCUCCAUGCGAAGAAGGAUUUUCAUGUGAAAAAAAUGAAAAAAUAAACGUUUUUUUGAAAUAAAUUCGACCCCUAUAAAGACCACUUGAGCUUUAGAGGCUAUAUAUGGACCACCUAAAUUUCACCCCUAUAGGGACUGUUCUUCCCCCUAGCCCCUGUCGAGACUUCUCUAGAAUUCCUAAGAGCUUUUCAGAAAAAAUUUGCGCUCGAGGAAGGAUUUCAGGAAUCGUUCAAACUUUUUGCAGAGAGAAUUGAGUGCAUUUGACUCGAGGCAUUAGGUUUCUAGAGAAAGGGAGUUUGUAUAGCCCGGCAAAAACGUUCCGACGUGGAGAGGAUCCGAACCUCAGACCCUUAGAUUGAUAUCCCAACUCCGCUAGUAUCCUUUCGAAAUGUUCUAUAAAAUUUCCCAAAGAAAAUGGCAAAAGAAGUUGGAACCUGGAAGGGAAUCGAACCUGCGACCUAAAGAUCUUUUUUUCCAAACACUCAAAAAAUAUAACUUUUUCUGAAAACUCGAAUAAUUGCUCUUCUAUAGUUUGUUCAUAUUUUGGAUUUCAAAUACAAUGACGUCAUUAGAAAACACUAUGUGGAUGGCUCGCUCUCUGAUUGGCUUAUCGGGCCAUUAGGGGCGGAGCUUUAGAAGCGACUUGACAUUCAAACUUUGAACAGACUAGCUUUUUUUUGUGAAGUUACAUACAUAAGCGACCUCUUUGAGUCAUUGAAAAGUUUAUAUUGGCCUGAUUAUAUGUGUCGUUCCUGGAACGUAUUUGAAGCUGGUCCGGUGUGACGCUUAUUUUUAGAAAUGAGAUUUUGAAUAUUUUCGAAAAAAAUUUUCUCAUGUGUUUGAAGUACCAAUUUUUGAGCUAUUUCAUGAAUUUUUUUCAAUUUUUUUUCAGCAUUUUCUGGGAGAAUACCCUUUGAAAUGGCUUCUGAAUGAAAAUAAUAGGUUAUUGUCCUUUUUUGUAUUUUGUACGUUUCUGAAACUUGUGUGAAGUUUCCAAGAAUUAAAAAAAAAUGCUUUUUCACAAAUUUUAACGGUUAUUUUAAGAGCUGAAUGAUCAAAUAUAGGGUUUUUCCAAUUUUAAACAGAUCUCUGAUUUUUUAAAAAAUGAAAGAAGAUUCAAUUUUUUCAGGAUUGAAUACCAGUGGCGGCGGGGAUUUCAGCGAUGACUUAUUGAAUUAUUUAAUGCUUUACAAUGUUGAUGCUCAAACGUUGUAUGGACGUGCUGAUGCUCCCGCUCUUCAUUAUGGUGAAUUUUUGGAGAAAACAAAAUUUUAAGUAAAAAUUCCUUCUUUGGACACUUCUGAUCUAGUUAGAAAAAUAGGAAGAUCAAUUUUUUUUUAAAAUUUUUUUCGGUUCAGUAGUUUUCGCAUCAAACUCAACUUGAAAGAACAAAAAUUCCAAAAAAAGCUGAAAUUUUUCAGGCGAUGGACUGUACCAAGCUUACAGCCAGAAGCACAGCGAUUUUUCGGCCGACGAAUUUUUUAUGGACGCUGGGUUUUUUUAAAAUCAUUUUCCGGUUUUAUAUCGAAUAUUAAAAUUCGUAAAUAACUUUCGUCGGAGUUUAAAUGGCUAGGCGACAUAAACAAAACUUUAAGAUUUUCGGUACUGUUUUCUCUUGAAGGCUUUUUUGAUGUUGCUUGAUAGUUUGUUGCGCAAGUAGGUUUGGGUCGGGCGCAGCGCUCCGGAGUCGUCUUGAAUUAAAUUAUUCAGAAUUUGACCGAUAGUAUACGAAAAAUCGGAGGAAACAGUACUUUUCGAAGAGAAAAUAAUGGAUAAUCAAUUAAAAUUUUUGGAUUUAUAAGUUAUCCUCACGCAUUUGGAACUAUUUUAAUAAGAAGCCAAUUUUUAACUGACCAAAAUGAUCAUCUCCAGGUUCAACUGCUCGCAAAUGUUCAAGCUGUGCAGUUUUGCUGGUCGGAGGUUUGCGAAAUUCUACGGGUUUUAAGAAAAUUUGAGAGCUUGAUCAAUGGGGCGCAUUUGAUUCAAGAAGAAAAGCCUCGGAAAUUUCAGUUCUAGCCAAAAUUUGUCCAUGGUCCUUUAAUAACAAAAUAAGCGCCCAUAAAAGUUUUCAAGUAUUUUUAAAUAUAGGCCUUUUGAAGAUUCGAUUGCUGUCGCUAUACCCGCCCAGUGUUCUCGGACCUCGGAAAGUGCUACACGUUAGAUGUGCAGGGCAGCGACAAGGAAUGGAUGCACAAGCAAGUUGAGCCCGGAAUCGCGGCUGGGUAAGACUUUCGAAUCAAAAUUUGAACUGAAAAAUCAAUUUCCAGACUCCAAAUCAUCCUCGAUUCGCACCUGGAGGAGGUUUUCAACCUGGCCGAUGGUUGGUUAACCCCUGGUCGCAUUUGGAAUGGCUCAAAGAUCUCCUUCAGACGGAGUUCCACCCGUGUUCUCGAACACCUAUGAGAAUGGCUUCCGAUAUUAUGUACACGAUUCCCAGUCGGUCCCCUUCCUGUCCACUGAAGGGAUCAGUGUCUCGCCGAAUUCUGUCGUCUACUCGGCCCUCUCCAGUUCUAGGGUUGGUUUUUUGAGGUUAAGAAGAAAAAAAUAUAUGUUGGGUCAAGGAAAAGGAGCUGAACAUUGUUUUUUUUUCAUUUCAUUUCUGAACAUUGAACAUUUUUAUACACAACAACAACAACAAAAAAAACUUUUAUACUGGAUUAUCACGAUAUUUUUCUCUAUUUUUCUAAAAUAUUCCAAAUCAGACUUAGAUCAAAGUUUCCCAGUUACUAAAAGCUGAACUUCAAAGCCAUUUAUUCUGGCUAAUUUUUGAGGCUAUUUUUUGGGUUCUAGUCAUAGUUUCCAAAGCCAUUUCUCUCUACUUUUUUUUUUCUAAAGAUAAUUUUGAAGCUAUUUCUUUGCAGCUAUUUUUGUGAGGCUAAUAUUUUACGUAGUUUAGCGAAAUUACUAGAGUUGUGCAAGACUUUUUGGCUAAACAGUUUGCAAAAAGUCCUCUGAAAGUUAUUUUUUCGAUCAUUUUUCGACAGUCAUCUUACAAAACCGUUUUCUGCUUGGAAUCUUGGAAAUUCCAGAAAAAAAAACUUUUUUCGGUAUAGUCUGUGUGCCACGACUUGGAAUUUCACCGAACGACACUCCGUUGUUCCGCUGCGUGCGUUCGCGAAGCGUCUUUCGAAUCUAGGUCACGCUUUCAAUUGAUUGUUAUUGCUGUGGGAGCAUAUGACAAUAGAGUACCUUAAUAAAAGGAAAAAAAAAUUGAAAGCGCGACCAUGAUUCGCAAAGGCGCGCAGCGGCACAGCGGAAUGUCGUUUGGCGAAAUUUCAAGUCGCUGUACGCAGGCUAUAGCUAUAUUUUGGAAGCUAAUGUUGAUUUUUUCAAGUUUAUUGAGCUCAAAUCUUAGGUAUGUUUUUUAGGGCUUUGACUAAAAGAUUUUUUUGUUCGUUUCCCUUUUCAGUUUUAAUCAUUUCAGUACGUCCUCCUGUCCUCACGCUACUGGGGCAACUGUACGGAAGAGUGGCCGCCGGAAUAUUCUCAUCUAACCUCUACAGUAUCCCUACAGUACUCGGCCGACAUGUGCUCCUCACUGUGCAAAGCGCGAUAUUUCUAUGAAAAUUGCGGCUGCAGCCCGACUAUCUAUAAUUACAAGAAUGGUUUAGACCGGAAUAAUAUUCGAAAUUUUUUAAAGAUUGAGAUUCCAGUUUAUCCCGACUGCACCCCGUAUCAAACCCUCACCUGUAUGGACAAUAAAAUGCGAGUUUUUGUCGAUGGUGAGAAUAUGACGUCAUCGAUUUGUUAUAUGACGUCAUUAUUUUGGAGGUUCGACAUCGAUUCUUAUGCCAAAAUGUGCGGAAUGCCGUUUGGAAUGCAAUAGUCUAGUUUAUCAGGCUUAUAAUUCCUACGGUCAAGGCCUUUCUCGUGGAGGACUUGCCUACCUCAGCAAGCAGGGCAACUGGACGAUUGAGCAUAUGCAGUUCGUUUGAAGCUUUUUUCAGAAGGAAAAUGUGCUCCAAAACGAAUCUUGACGACUUCAGUGAGAAGAUGAGAAAUUUGCAGGACGAACUUCCAAAUCAUCAACGUUUUCUUCCGCGACAUGUCCUACACCGAAUACACUCAAGUACAGGGGUCCUCAAUUACUGAAACUCUCAGUAUGUUUUUUUCUUUUCGAAGUUUGAAAAUUUAUGCAAAGGAAGCUAAGUUUUUUUAAUUUUUUUCAACUGAACAAAAUAUUGUCUCUUUCUUUUGAAACGAGAAUGCAAAAAAAUUUCUCAUAAAUUGUUCAAAAAAAUUAUUAUAAAGAAAAAAAAAGAGGGGUUUCUUUAUGAAGAUGGGUCUGAUUAGUCACCCCGGUACUUUUUUUCGCUGGAGCGCAUUCUCUGAAAAAUUAAAGGCCGUCAACUUUUUUUAGAUUGAUAAAAAAAGAUGUAAGAAGUGUUAGAAAAUUUUUAAAGAGACUUGCUUUGUUCAGAAACUUCUAGAAAAAAAUUGGGCGCUGCUUAAAUUAAAUUUUUUUAAAAACUCUACAAAAAAUUUAUCAAAGAAAGAGAAUGAGUGAAGUAUCUUUAUGAAGAUAAGUUUGAAUAGUCACCCCGGAACUUUGUUCGCUGGAGCGCAUUUUCUGAAAAUGAAAAGCUUCAAACUUUUUGGGUCGAUUAUAAAAAGAUGUAGGAAGUGAUACAAAAUGGAAAAAGCUGCUUGGUUCAGAAUUUUCUAUAAUAAUUGGGCGCUGCUUGAUUUGGGCGCUGCUUAAUUCGGGCGCUGCUUAACUCAGGCGCUGCUUAACUCAGGCGCUGCUUAACUCAGGCGCUGCUUAACUCAGGCGCUGCUUAACUAAGGCGCUGCUUAAGUUAGGCGCUGCUUAACUAAGGCGCUGCUUAAGUUAGGCGCUGCUUAACUAAGGCGCUGCUAAAGUUAGGCGCUGCCUAACUCAGGCGCUGCUUAACUCAGGCGCUGCUUAACUCAGGCGCUGCUUAAUUCAGGCGCUGCCUUAUACGGGCGCUGCUUAACUCGGGCGCUGCUCAACUCAGUCGCUGCUUAACUCAGGCGCUGCUUAACUCGGGCGCUGCUCAACUCAGUCGCUGCUUAACUCAGGCGCUGCUUAACUCGGGCGCUGCUUAACUCAGGCGCUGCGUAACCCGGGCGCAGCUUAACUCGGGCGCUGCUCAACUCAGUCGCUGCUUAACUCAGGCGCUGCUCAACUCGGGCGCUGCUUAACUCGGGCGCUGCUUAACUCAGGCGCUGCUUAACUCAGGCGCUGCUUGACUCGGGCGCUGCUUAACUCAGGCGCUGCGUAACUCGGGCGCAGCUUAACUCGGGCGCUGCUUAACUCAGGCGCUGCUUAAUUCAGGCGCUGCUUAAGUUGGGCGCUGCUUAACUCGGGCGCUGCUAAACUCGGGCGCUGCUUUACUCGGGCGCUGCUUAUUUUGGGCACUGCUUGAGUUGAAACUUUUAAACUUAAAAAAACCCUUGUAGGUGACAUUGGCGGCAACAUGGGAAUGUUCCUGGGAAUGUCCGUGAUUACGAUAACCGAAAUUUCGAUGUACCUAUCAAAAAUCGGCUGGAUAGCCGUGUCACGACGCCGCCGUGACUAUUUGUUCAGCAAAAAGCAGCACGAAAAGGUUGGGUUUUAUUAGUGCAGUGGCUCGACCAUUAGCCUCAUGUAACAAAAGUCGCUGGUUCGAUCCCUGUCCUCAUUUUUGCCAUUUUUCAGGAACACGAGAAAGAGCUCGAAGAGGUCGUUUCUGGCUUCAAAUUAUUCAGAAAAAGGAAAAGUGGAGCCGAGUCGAUGUCUAAUUUGAGGUACCUUGAGUUGCCAAAAAAUUGAUUGAAAAAAAAAUUGUUGAAGAGAUAAAAUAAGAGGCGUUUCACUACAUCGGGUCACCACGACAGAAUUGGACGCUUCGCGAUUGGCUUGGCAGGAGGAGGUAUGAAAUUUGAUUUUUUUUUUUCGGUUCCCAAGUUUUUUCUUUAAUUUUCAUAGCUUAAAAAAGAUUCAAAAACUUCAAAUUUUUAUUUCAGAGUGCAUUCUUAUCUUUCAAAACGAUUAAAAAAAAGUUGAAAAAAAAUUUGUAAAGAAAGGAAUGUCUUAGAGGUUGUUUGAAAAUGGACUCUAGAACGAUGAAAAUUUUUCGAUUUUUUUAGUGAUUUUUGAAACCCUCAAAAAAAGGUUUUUUUGUUUCCCAAGGUAGUUUAAAAUCUGAACUUAUACUUUAAAUGUAUCAUGUAUUCAUGUCGAAUUCAAAAAUCAUCGAUUAUUCUAGGAAGACGAAGAAAAACGGAUUCGAUCCGUCACCCAACAAUCUGAAGCGCUUCGAAGCACAGCGAAAUGA